AUGCCACCAAAAGCAGAGAGGGGAGCUACCUCGCGGGGUAGACCCCGAGGUAGAGGACGAGGAAGAGGAAGAGGAAUUGCAAUUGAAGAUAUUGAGACCCCAGAGCUUAGAGGUGUUCUUGAUGAAUCUUCUCAACCUAGUCAAUCUCCUGCGCCAAUUGCGCCAGUUGCGCCGAUGGCACCAAUGACACAAUCAACUGCUACCAUUAUUCCAAAAAUCGAACCUAGUGACGAUGCAUUCGAUCCAAAUACCUCACCUGCAAUAACACCUGACGAAACACCUGCUGGGACUCCUGCGCCAACAGCCGCGACUACCUCUGCGAGACUUCCAUCAAGAACAGAAAGUGCGAUUGCAAGAGGACGUGGCGGGGCAAGUACAAGGGCGCGAGGUGAAGCUACUACUGGAAGAGCCAGGUUUAAGCCCAAAAAUAUCAGAAGAGAUCAAGCAGACAGAGACAGAUUAGAACAAGAGGAGAGGGAUAGAAUUGCGGCAAAUCAGGCACAAGCAGAAAAGGAAGCUCGUAGGUCCCAGAGAGGAAGAGGUCAUAUUGGAAGAGGUAGAGGAGAUGCGAUGGGACAAAACCGUGGCGCAGGAAGGGGAGCUCCAAUCUCAAGUGCAACUGGUAUUUUCAGUGUUGCGCCGGCGGCAAUGGACAGAAAAGGUGGCAUGGAUGGCUUUGCAAUUGCAAAUGCAAGAGGCGGUGGGGGAGGAGGUGGUGGUGGCGGAUUUGGAGGAGGAGGAGGUGGCGGUGGUGGCGGCGGUGGUGGAGGAAGUGGUGGUUAUGGAGGUUCUGGACCAGGAAUUGGAGGGGGAGUAAAUGUGCUGUCAGCCGAAAACAUGACCACUUUCAAUCCAGAAUAUCCCGACGACGACGGACAAGCGAGGAAAAUCAAUAUUGAAAUGAUCAAUCUGGUUGACGACGAUGAUGAAAUGGCUGGCUCUGGCAGAGGCGGGAAUGGUGUUUUCAAAUCACGAUCCCUCGCACCGAUUCGGAUCAAGCGUGAAGAACAUAAGGAACGUUCCAAUAUGAUGGUUAGUGAUCCAGAACUUGCAGAGAUAGCCAAGAAGCAAGCCGAUGAAGUGGAGGAUAUUCAAUCUGGCGAAGAUGUCGAGAUGACUAUGGAUGGAGCAACAACAACGGAUGAGCCAAGAACAAAAGGAGAACCUGGCCUUGAAUCUCCGACCAUGUCGAAAUUUCCAGAGUUCAAAGCACCAUCCUCCCCCGAAGAUAAAAAGCAUCCUAAGAGGGAGCCUAUUUCACCACAACAAUCCAAGGUACGACCUAGCAGAAAGAAGGAUAAAAUGCCAGUCAUACAAACAGAAGAGGAUAAGUUCGAAUACGAACGUUAUCUUGAGGAUGUUGACAUCCUUGCCGAGGAACUUCGUCUGUUGAGGGGAACAGUGGAUAAUACAGCCAAGGAUAAAGGAAAAGGAAAGGCUGUCGAUGUUGAUGGAGAUGUUGGAAUGGACGGAGAACAGGAACAAGAUGAAGCUCAACCAGAAGCCAAUCAUGCAGAUGGUCGAAUCUAUCUAUUCCAAUUCCCACCUGUUCUACCUCGACUAUUUAAUCCUCAAGUCGAAAACUCGGAUGAUGUCGUCGUCACCCAAUCUUCGGAAAAAGUCGAUCUUACCGAUGAUAAAGAGAAAGGAAUCAAAAAAGAAUCGGAAGAAGUUAUCAUCAAGACUGAACCCAAUCUUGCCCAAGAAAAUGAAGCAUUGGUUAGUGAACAAGGAUAUAUCGGAAAAUUGGUGGUAAGGAAGAGCGGCAAGGUUGAAUUGGAUUGGGGUGGAACAAGUAUGGCAGUAGGUCGCGGUGUUCCAGCUGCCUUUUUGAGUCAAAUUGUUCUUGCUGAAGAUCCUAAGGGCGAGGCACCAGAAGGUGUCGCUACUGGAUUAGGCAAAGUGAUGGGCAAAUUUAUCGUUACCCCUGAUUGGGAGAAGAUUUUCUGA